CGCGCGCCUCCUUCGGUUUGGGGCUAAUUAUAAAGUGGCUCGAGCAGUCGCCGGCCCCGGGGACGACGAGGCAGGCGCUCCGAGCCCGCAGCCCGGCCCCGCGCGGCGCCCGCGACGACUCCAGCCCGGGACCCGAUUCUCCCAGCCGCCGGCUCCAUCCCCUCAGCGUCCACCCAUGGCGCGGCUCCUGAGCCUCUGCACCUGGCUGCUGGCGCUGGGCCCCGGCCUCCUGGCCUCCACGAAGCCCCAGUGCACCCAGGACUGCGCGACGUGCAGCUACCACCUGGUGCGCCCCGGCGACAUCGACUUCCUGGCCUGCAUGCUGGAAUGUGAAGGCCACCAGUCCUCGUCCAAAGUCUGGGAGGCCUGCAAGGAGCUGCUGCAGGUGAAGUCGUCCGAGUUCCCCCAAGACAUCACCCACCCGCUCACAGAAAGCAGCAAGCAGGAGGAGGGCCACUUGCUGGCCAAGAAGUACGGGGGGUUCAUGAAGAGAUACGGAGGUUUCAUGAAAAAGAUGGACGAGCUUUAUCCCGCCGAGCCGGAGGAAGAGGCCCACGGAGGGGAAAUCCUUGCCAAGAGGUAUGGCGGCUUCAUGAAGAAGGACGCGGGAGAGGGAGACGCCCUGGCCAACUCCUCCGAUCUGCUGAAAGAGCUGCUGGGCACCGGCGGCGACAACCCCGAGCAAGAGCCCCAGCCCCUGGAGAGCAGUGACCACCAGGAGGACCCGGGCAAGAGGUACGGGGGCUUCCUGCGAGGCCUCCGGAGAAGCCCCCCGGGGGACGAGGACGCCAAGGAGCUGCAGAAGCGCUACGGAGGCUUCAUGCGGAGGGUGGGCCGCCCCGAGUGGUGGAUGGAUUACCAGAAAAGAUACGGGGGCUUCCUCAAGCGCUUCGCCGAGUCCCUGCCCUCGGAGGAAGAAGGAGAAAGUUAUUCCAAAGAAGUUCCCGAGGUGGGAAAACGAUAUGGAGGAUUCAUGCGGUUUUAAAUCCCCUU